AUGUUUCUCUGUCUGUGUUUCUCUGCCAGCAGUGCCUACAGAGAGGUGCUGGACAUGCAGAAGGAGAUGGUUCGGUCUUUAACAGAGCAGAACCAGGCCCUGGGGGCAGACAGGAGGGUGCUGGAGCAGAGGUGUACAGAACAGAGCCUGCAGCUGCAGAGGAGCCACCAGAGGGUCCAGAGUUUGGAGCGGGAACUCAGCAAGGCCCUGGCCCUACAGCAGGCAGAGCUGCUGAGUCUGAGGCAGCAAGCCCAGGAGGUGGUAGACGAGAACGACAGUCUGAAGAUGACCGUCCAUCGCCUCAACGUGGAGCUCAGCCGCUACCAGACACGCUUCAGACCCCUGGGCAAAGAAGAGAGCUCCAGGACUCAUGGCCUGCCACUUAAAGGAUCUGCUCCUCCCUGGCUGCUGGACAUGAAGUAUUUAUCUCCAUUGUUGUUGUCUUAUGAAGACCGGCUCACUGAGAAAGAUGCUCUCCUGCAGACCUCGGAGGAGGAGUUGAGAAGGUUCCGGGGCCGUGUGGAGGAGGUGGUGCAGGAGAACCAGAAGCUACACCAGGACCUGAAACAGACAGGAGGAGUCAGCCACAAGGAGUGGAGGCAGCUCCAGGAGCAGGCCCGUCUGGUACUUCAGGAGAACCAGGUCCUGAUAGAGCAGCUGGAGGUGCAGCAUACGAAGGCUAAGGACAGUCAUGGGAGACAUUUGACUGAGGUAGUCUCUAAGGUGUGUAAGCAGCUGAUGUUGCUGGAGGCAGAGAAGCAGAGGCUGGAGGGGGAGCUGGAGGUAACGAGGAGAGAGAUCCACACUCUGCAGACAGAACACCUGCAGGCACGGUGCAGUCUGGAGAAUGCAGUCAGCUGGGAUGAACACCACGCCAUCGCCACCAAACUCAAACGCCAACUGGAGGCUGAUUCAGGCCGUCAGCAGACUGAGCUAGAGGAGCUGCAGCAGAGAGUGACUAGUCUACAGACAGAGAAGAACAGUCUGCUGUUGGACAAAACCAACCUGACUGCUGACAUCAAGAGUCUGGAGGCUGACCUGGAGGUGUCCCGACAUGCUAACAGGAAGGCCCAGAGGCGUAUAGGCCUGUUGAAGCAACAAGUUGAUGACUCUAUAGAGAAGGAGAUGAGAGCCCAUCACUACCUGUCCUCUAUCGUAGCUCUGGCUGAGAAGACCACACAGGAGAGAGACCAGCUAGUAUACAUGGCCUCGUCCCUAGAGCACGACAAGCAGGGGGUGAUCAGCAGGAUUGUGGAGGACACCGUGCGGCUCGGAAAGCUUCAAGAGAAGGUCAAGGUGUACAAGAAGCAGGCAGCCUGCAGCCUGGGGGUUCUGGGCCAGAGGCUGGUGGAGCAGGAGGAGGACUUUGCAGGGAGGGCAGCCUCCUACCAGACAGAAAUACAGCACCUCCAGAGGCUUCUACGAGACAAACAGCACGACCUGGACAGAGUGCUGCAACAGAAAAGAGAGGUGGAAGGUGAGUUGGAGGUGGUGUGGGAGGCAGCGACCAGAGAGAACCAAAGAAUUAGGGAGACCCUCCAGGACUCCAGCCCAUCUCUCCCCUCCCUCAGCCCAGCCAGAGUGCACCAUGGCAGGGGUCUGAGCGGGACCCUCCCCAGCUGGCUCUCCCACCCCCAGGAUGAGGUGUUCUACCUCCGUCCGCACCCUGACAGCUCUGGCCCUCAUCCCUGCAUCUCCUCUCCCCAGAGCGGCGGCCGGCCCGGCCUCCACCACAGCCCUAUGUUCGAGUCUGACUCGGACCAGCACCAGAACCCCUCCUCAGAUGAGAGCGAGAAGAACGGCAUGGACUUCUAUUCUUAGUGUCCUUUUUUGUAUUGGUCUUACAGAAGACAAGUAGCCUGAUCCCAUAUCUGUUUUAAUAGCCUGUUUUAGUAGCCUGGUCCCAGAUCUGUUUUAGUAGCCUGGUUCCAGAUCUGUUUUAGUAGCCUGGUCCCAGAUAUGUUUUAGUAGCCUGGUCCCAGAUCUGUUUUAGUAGCCUGGUCCCAGAUCUGUUUUAGUAGCCUGGUCCCAGAUCUGUUUUAGUAGCCUGGUCCCAGAUCUGUUUUAGUAGCCUGGUCCCAGAUCUGUUUUAGUAGCCUGGUCCCUGAUCUGUUUUAGUAGCCUGGUCCCAGAUCUGUUUUCGUAGCCUGGUCCCAGAUCUGUUUUAGUAGCCUGGUCCCAGAUCUGUUUUAGUAGCCUGAUUUAGUAGCCUGGUCCCAGAUCUGUUUUAGUAGCCUGGUCCCAGAUCUGUUUUAGUAGCCUGGUCCCAGAUCUGUUUUAGUAGCCUGUUUUAGUGGCCUGGUCCCAGAUCUGUUUCUGCUCUUGCAAACUCCAUUGUUCAUUGUCAAGCCAAACAUGACAUGACAAUUCCAUAAAGAGUUGGCAGGAGAGUAGAACCACCCUGACACCAGGCUAGAAGACCAGGUCUGUAUUGGUCAGACUAGAACCACCCUGACACCAGGCUAGAAGACCAGGUCUGUAUUGGUCAGACUAGAACCACCCUGACACCAGGCUAGAAGACCAGGUCUGUAUUGGUCAGACUAGAACCACCCUGACACCAGGCUAGAAGACCAGGUCUGUAUUGGUCAGACUAGAACCACCCUGAUACCAGGUCUGUAUUGGUCAGACUAGAACCACCCUGACACCAGGCUAGAAGACCAGGUCUGUUUUGGUCAGACUGUUCAAACAUUUACCAAGGCAUUAAUUAACUUGAUUUACACAGUUAAAAACUAAGUAGUUUAUUUACAAAAGCUCUAUUUUGAAUGUUGUAUUGAUCUUUGUGUUAUUGAUUAGAUUUGAUACGUAUGACUGACUAUGUAUCUCAAUCAGACUGUUUUACUGUGCAUCUAUUAGCCAAUUUAGCUUUAAAAACAUUCUAUUGAAAUAACAAUCAACUUCAUUUGUGUUACAGUAAUGAUUGUAUGUCACAAUCUUGUUCUUUACGAAUAAAUGUGUUUUCUUCUGUUCA